AUCACCAGACAGAGAGGUAGCUAAGGGGACUAUUUGAGACACUCUUAGAACCACAGCCACUUUUGUGGGAGCCCAAGAACAGCAGCUUUAAAACAGAGUAAAUAUUCAGGCAUCAUUAGGAUCCUGAAUACAAGCCAGCUGGUAAAAUAUGGGAUCUACUCAGAAGGGCACAAUCUAUCAGAUGGUCAAGACAAAUAAACCUGCGGCCAAGGUAGCGGUUUCAGCACAGAGAGGGUCUGAGGUUACUACAAACACAUCCCCUCAGCAGGGACAUGGGUACAUUCUUGCCUCAAGCCAUCAAAGUGCUGCAGUUUCCCUGAACCCUUCCCACCGAAGAUCAGAAGCUGCACAUCCCACCACUCCCCAUUCGGCAUCAGACUAUCCUCGAUCUGUCUCCCUCCAGUCAGGACCUGGACACUAUGCAGUACCCACUCCUCGGGGAACUGAGACUGGACCAAGAACAGAAUCAUCCCGCCGUUCCUCUCCUCAUCUAAAGAGCCAGCAAACUCAGACACUGGCUUCCCAUGCUUCAAGCAGACAACGGAAUGUUAGUCGACCCAGAGAGGAAGCAGCACGAAGAGGCGGUGAGAGCAAGUCAGGGCGCGAGGUCGGCCAUCAUGCUUCACCAAUCCCAGAUGCCAAAUCUACUCGUCGGUUGAGUUUUCAAGACCAGAAGGAUAACUUACAAUCACAAAUCUUAGAAGAUGACCCACCAUCCAAGGUCCAGAACCCCCAAGGAGUCAGAGUUCCCCGUAGGAUUUUGUCUUACCCAAAGGAUGAAGCAGUACAAACUGAGCCCAUCCAAAGAAUUACGACUACUAACGAGACCAGAUCUCCAAGGAGUCCCUCUCUCCCAGAGCACAAAAGCAGCUGUGUCUCUGCAGACUAUCAGACAGCCCAGAGAAGGGUCCCUGUAGAAGAAUCAGAAACAGGUCCUUACGGUUCAAUUCCUUCAAAACCCAAGGCCUUGUGUAGGAAUAUGAACUUCGACUCAUCGCCCAAACUCUCUGUCCUUAAAGAUUCUGAUGGUGUACACCGAGUUUCUGCACGGGUAGACCCGGGGUCUCUUCACGAGUAUUCUGUCUAUCCUGAAACCAAGCCCUCCGCAAAGAUCUUAGUAUCAUCACAGGUGGAGUCCAAUGUGAGGGCCCCAAUCCGAGGAAACAGUGAGGUUGGCCGCAGGGUCACCAUCUCCCCAGGGGUACAGUCAGUAGAGCCAACUCACCAUGUGACAGCUCGAUCAGUGUCUGAGGGCUCCCACAAGUCAUCCAUGUUUGUCACUCCAGAGCCCAUCUAUAAACAGCAAACCCAAAAACCCCCAGAAACUACCUACAUGUCCCAAGGACCUACACCCAGGUAUCCAGAACUCUCGCAAAACCCCUCCAUCCAUGCAGAACUGGAACUGACCCCUCGGCCCUUGCCUCCUCGGUCCUUACCUAGGUAUGGACCUGACUCCUCAUGGUGGCCCUUGCUGAAUCCUGAAGUUGAAACACCCCAAAGCCAGCCGACAACACCUGAUUUUGAGCCUAAGUGUUCUCCUUCCCUAGAGCUUUUAUUGUCCGGUUUAAAAAUAGACUCUAGCCCUUUCUGUGAGGAUCUGAAGUUCCAGAGAGAGAAGGCAAGCCUAUCACCACCAUCACCACCAAAGGAGUUUCCAAGUUGGGCACUACUGAGUGAAGUGCCACCCAAGCACACCUGCAAACAACCCAUUCAAAGGUUUAGUGCUUUCUUCCUGGAUGUCUCUGAGGAAAUGUACAAUCGUGUCAUCUGGUGGCUAAAAGGUCUGUGCUUUUCCCUCCUAUGGGCCCACUGUGGGAGCUUGGGGGAUGGGAGGACAGGUGAGGAGUGGCAUCUAUGUAUCUACAGAGCUGGGUCGUUUAGGAGAUAAAUGCUGGGAUUUUGACCUGAA